AUGGAGAGAACAAGUUUCAUUUCCUUGUUCCUCUCUCUUCACCUCAUCAUCAUCACACUACAAAAUGCUGUUCUGCCAACCAUGGCCGUCCCUCUCUCCACCAAUAAUCGUUGGAUUGUGGAUGAGAAAAGACAGCGGGUGAAGCUGGCAUGCGUCAAUUGGGCGAUGCAUCUGGAGCCAAUGGUGGCAGAGGGACUCAGCAAGAGCCCUAUGGAUUUGAUCUCAAAAACAAUUGUGAAGAUGGGAUUCAAUUGCGUGCGGUUCACUUGGCCAACUUUCUUGGUCACCAACGACUCUCUAGCCUCUCUAACUGUGAGACAGUCUUUUCAAAAACUCGGUCUGUCUGAUUCCAUUCCUGGCAUCCAAGCCAAUAAUCCAUCUAUCAUUGAUCUUCCUCUGAUCAAAGCUUAUCAGGCAGUGGUGUCGAAUCUUGGAGCGAACAAGGUGAUGGUGAUUCUAGACAAUCAUAUAAGCAAGCCCGGUUGGUGUUGCAGUAACACAGACGGCAAUGGUUUCUUUGGGGAUCAAUACUUCAAUUCUUAUGUGUGGAUGACUGGUCUAACUCGAAUUGCUACCAUAUUUAAUGGUGUCUCUGCCGUAGUUGGUAUGAGUCUCAGAAAUGAGCUUAGAGGUCCUAGACAGAAUGUAAAUGAUUGGUACAGGUACAUGAUAGCAGGAGCAGUGUCAGUUCAUGAAGCAAAUCCAAAUGUUCUUGUCAUACUUUCUGGUCUAAACUAUGAUAGAGACUUAUCUUUUAUUCAAAGUCGAGUAAUAAACCUGACAUUUACUGGAAAGCUAGUAUUUGAGUGGCAUUGGUAUGCAUUCUCAGAUGGUAGUGCAUGGGAAAGUGGCAACCCUAAUCAAGUGUGUGGGAGAGCAAUGAGUAAUAUGAAGAGCACAUCGGAAUUCUUAUUAGGCCAAGGUUGGCCAUUGUUUGUGAGUGAAUUCGGAGCAGAUCAAAGAGGAACAAACAUGAAUGACAAUAGAUAUUUGAACUGUUUUUUGGGUGUGGCAGCUGACCUUGAUCUAGAUUGGGCAUUGUGGACACUUGUUGGAAGUUAUUAUUUAAGAGAAGGGGUGACCGGAGAAAAUGAAUAUUUUGGGUUGUUUGACUGGAAUUGGCGUGAUAUUAGGAAUUCAAGCUUCUUGCAUAAAAUAUCUGCUAUCCAAAUUCCUUUUCAAGGACUAUCUAAAAAGAAUAAACAUAAAAUAAUUUUUCAUCCAUCAACAGGACUUUGUAUCUUAAGAAAUUCACUGCAUAAUCCACUAAUAUUGGGUCCAUGCACGAAAUCUGAAGGUUGGAGCUACACAUCUCAGCAAAUUAUCUCCCUUAAGGGAACACAUUUAUGUUUAAGAGCUGAAGAAUUGGAAAAACCUGUACAAUUAAGUAAUGUUUGUACAGAUUCUAGUUCAAAAUGGGAACCCAUAUCAGAUUCUAAGAUGCAUCUUUCUUCUAAACUAAGCAAUGGAAUGUCUAUUUGCUUGGAUGUGGACUCAACCAAUACUAUCGUCACAAAUAACUGCAAGUGCCUGAGUGGAGAUAAUAGGUGUGAUCCUGCAAGUCAGUGGUUCAAACUUAUUGACAGCACUAGAAUACGAAUAGAAACAUAUUUGGAGGCCUUGGACCUUUGGGAGGCUGUGGAAGAAAAUUAUGAUGUUCCAGCCUUGCCAAAUAAUCCCACUGUUGCUCAAAUCAAGACUCAUAAGGAGAAAAAGACAAAGAAAUCCAAAGCGAAGGCAUGUUUGUUUGCUGCUGUGUCACCAAUGAUCUUUACAAGGAUAAUGUAUCUUAAAACAGCUAAAGCCAUUUGGGAUUAUCUGAGAGAGAAAUAUGCUGGUGAUGAAAGGAUAAAAGCAAUGCAGACUCUAAACUUGAUCAGAGAAUUAGAAUUACAGAAAAUGAAGGACUCUGAGACAAUUAAAGACUAUUCUGAUAGACUUUUAUCAAUUGCAAACAAGGGUCAUCCUCCUUUCAAAUGUUGGAGAAGACCCGAUGCUAAGUGCUCCAAAUGCAACCAGCUUGGACAUGAAGCAGUAAUCUGCAGAGAAAAAGAUGAAGAGCAGAAAGUUGCAGCCCAAGUUACAAAUCAAGAAGAUGAAGAUCAUCUUUUUGUAGCAUCAUGCUUUGUCGGCAGCAGUUCAACUGAUGGUUGGUUAAUUGACAGCAGGUGUACUAAUCAUAUGACCAACGACAGAAAACUCUUCAGGGAUUUAAAUCCAACUGACAUCAGUAAAGUCAGAAUUGGAAAUGGUGACUAUAUAUCUGUGAAAGGGAAAGGAACGAUAGUCAUAAUUGGAAAUUCAGGAACAAAAAAGAUUUCUAACGUUCUUUAUGUGUCUGAUAUUGAUCAAAACCUGUUGAGUGAUGUCUCAGGUCAAGAGAUUCUCAAAGUAAGAAUGAAAGGGAAAAGCUUCUCAUUCAAUCCAUCCAAGGAGGAGAACAUUGCAUAUUCCACUAAAGUCAAUAACACCGAGAUAUGGCACAAGAGACUUGGACAUUACUGUCAUGCUUAUCAAUUUGGCAAGCAAAGUAGAGCACCAUUUCCUCAAGUCCAAUGGAGAUCUUCAAAGAAACUUCACCUUAUUCACACCGAUGUUGCUGGCCCUCAAAGAACGCCUUCAUUAAAAGUGAAGCGUGACAAGUUAGAUAAAAAGGCUAUACCAGGAAUCUUCGUGGGAUAUAGUACAGUGUCAAAGGCUUACAAGGUGUACCAGCCACAAACAGGAAGAAUGAUAGUUAGCAGGGAGAUUCAGUUUCAUGAAGAAGAAAAAUGGGAUUGGAAAGACUCAUCAAAGUCUGAGAAUCAUUUAAAAAACUCAAAGCUGAGUAUUCCCAUCCGCUUACCACAAGAAGAAGCUGAUCACUGGCAGUCCGAAUCAGAAGAUGAGCCACCAGUUCGUGGAACAUGA